GCAGAUUCGUGUGAUAGAAGAGUACUGGUUCGAGAAACCGCUAAGAGGAACAUACAUGUUAUAGUCGAACCGCCCAUGUCAACUGCCACUUCGAGCCGUGAACAGGAAUUGCUUGAUCGUAUCGCAUCGUUAGAGGAAUCACUUAACAAGUCUGUCCAUGAGUUAGACGUCGUUAGCCGAAGGCUUUCAAUUGGACAGCGAAUAUUGGACACGCGACGUUCCAAGGCCUCAAAGAUUGAACGAUGCUUCAUUUCGAGAUAUAUCACAACUGUUCGUAUCCUUAAGUUUAGCGUGUUCACAGAGACUCCAUCAAAAGCUUUCUCGGAAUA